GUAUUCUAUCUACUGUAAUUGUGUGAUUCGUGUCACUCGUGAUUAUGGCGAUCACCAGAUGAAAGAGAGCAGUGUACAGAGGAAUUGCGUUUACAGUGGACGGCGAUUUUAACGAGCAAGAACAGAUAUGGAGAGUCAACAGUUUUGUUUACGAUGGCACAAUUUUCAAAAUACAUUACUGAGCUCUCUUCCAAAAUUGCUCGAUGGUGGUCAUCUAACAGAUGUUACACUGAGCGCUGGUGGUAGACACAUUCAUGCUCACAGAAUCAUACUCUCGGCUUGUAGUUAUUAUUUUAAAGAACUGUUUAAGGACUUAAACUCUUUGCAACAUCCGGUCAUUGUGUUGCCAGGCAUGGAAUAUUCAAACUUAUGUGCUCUAGUCAAAUUUAUGUAUAAUGGCGAAGUGAAUAUUUAUCAAGAACAAUUGCCUGCACUUUUAGCUAUGGCUGAUACAUUACAUAUUUGUGGAUUAGCUGAUAUGGCUGGGAAGAAUUCAAGACAUGAUAAUGGUUUAUAUGCACAGCCCCAGGAAAAACUAUCAAAUGAAGAAAUAAUAACGACAGAAUCAAAAGAUAACACAACGGUUAUUGAAUCAGAAUCGGUAUCUGCAUCUCUACAUGAGGUAAUAGAUAAUUUAGAUGACGAAGAGCCUAGCAACGAUCAAGAAAGCAUACCAUAUUGUGUAAAGACGAAGCCUUAUUAUUCCAUAAACGCAAAAUUAAAUCAAAGGGAGAAAACGUCUGUUCCUAUUAAUGCAUCUGUUAAUAAGUAUCUCGACAAAGGAUAUUCGGAAAAUAUAACGGAUGAGACCGUAUCAAUCACAGAGGAUCAAAUUGCACCACUAGAAGAUGUAAAACCGCCAUCGGCCGCGUGGGACGCAAAUUUCAAGUUACUCGCAGCAUCCGCAUCCGGCAAAACUUCUCAGACCUAUAACAAAUCUAGUGUUACAUGUUUUAUUUGUGGUAAACAGUUGAGCAAUCAGUAUAACCUGCGCGUACAUAUGGAGACACAUAGCAAUAGUUCAUAUAGCUGCACAUCGUGCUCGCACGUAUCACGAUCACGAGAUGCGUUAAGGAAACAUGUGUCAUAUAGACAUCCGGUAGCUUCUUCGCAGAAACGUCCACGAUAUACAUCAAAACCACCAUUACUAUGAUGAUGAAAUCAUUGUUGUUAUUAUGUAUAUAUGUUACAUAUAUAGACAUUUUGACCUUUUGCGCUAGAAUAUCUUUCUAUCAAAAAUUUUUGGUGCAAUUACGAAAGGAGAGAAAGUUUGAAAGAGAUAAAAAUAUUUUAUUAAAUAUAUUAAAAAUACACCCGUUUUGAAAAAUUUGUUCUAGACAUAUUGCACUAGAGAAUAAUUUAGUGAGAGUUUUCAUGGUACCUUACAUUUGUUAAGAACAGCACUGGACUGAUUAAUGAUAAGAAAAGCUAUAACAUCUUAUUUCAUUAAAUGUACAAACAACAAAGUAAAGUGUGAUCAUGUUCCUGAAGACCUUUAGUGUUCGAAUUGUUAUCGCUUUCUUGUUAUUGUUACACUGUUUUAAUAAAGACAAAUUAGAUAAAUUGCGUGACUUUUAGUGCAAAUAUACAAUAUAUCUAGAAAUUGAUAGAUGAAACAUCAGGAGGCUUUAAAUAGUUCUAUGGAAUGUAAAUUACU